CCUACAUACGCCGACGCCCACGCUCACGCUCACGUCCCCAUGCGGACAUCGUCAAAUGUAUUCGCGUUUCGGAUGUCCCCAGCAUCCCAUCUCAUCCCAUCCCACUUACCUAAAAACGAAAGAAAGAAAGAAAGAAAGAAACGAUCGUGAUGUGAUGUGGAGAAUGUCGGUCAUAAGUAGCAGGUGCCCAAAGCGCAGCCGCUCACUCCCUCCCUCACUCACUCCCUCCCUCCCUUCCUUCCUUCCUUCCUUCCUUCCUUGCUCCCUCGAUAUGAGCUCUCCCGAAAGCCAGGCACGGGCUGCGGGAGUGCUAGAGUUAGAGUGUGUAGGGUGGACGAGGCAAGACGAGGCGAGGCGAACGCGGAUUCCCGUGGAGGAUGAUUGGCAGGUGUCUAGGGGGUCACUGGUUAUGAUACGAUUCGACGCGUCGAAACGGCGAAAACAUCUGCUUACUCUACUUGGUUCUCCAGAGCCUUUGUAUGUACCCCGGAAUCGAGUCGAGCAGAGCAGAGCAUCUACACAGUCAGGCCGAAGCCUUGGCAUCAGCACACCGCCCACUCCCCCGUCGCCGUUCCCCCCACGGAGCCCACAGAGCCCAGUGAUCACGGGUCGUCCGAAGGGGUUGAAUCGUGAUCGUGAUCGUGAUCUUUGCGCGGCCCGUUCCCGCUCGCAGUGAGAGGGAAUGCUGUGGUGCGAUGCGAUGCGAUGCGAUGUGAUGGGAUGGGAUGUGAUGGGAUGUGAUGGGGUGGGGUGGGAUUGCGAUGUGUGUGUGUUGGUGGCGGCGCUGGAUGGGGAACGGCGAAGUUCGAACGGGGGAAGCCUGAAGCCU